AUGGCUCAGGGCAAAUUUAAGGUGAAAAGCAAACUGCCAGCUGGUGCUAAAACAAAGAAAAAACAGCAAAAAAACAAAGGUAAAGCGGUUGCAAAACGCCCUAAUGCACCUGUUAAAAGUAAGACGGCGGCUGAACGUAAUAAGAUGAAAAUGAAUGUGACAAAAAUGGUAAACGCUGCAGCAGAACAGCAAAUCAGAGCACUGGCAUCGAAUACACCACAGUUGUCGGCAGCGCAGCAGAGAGUGGCGGUAGCACCAACUGCACCAGCUCCCGCUAAAUAA